CUGUAGCCGCUGUUUAAUCCGAGAAGCAGAAAUACACGUGAGGCGCUAAGGAAAGCUAACGACUAAGCAUAACUUAUAUAUUAUUAUAUUUACACAAAACCUGUAGAUCCAGCUUACACAGAUAUGAAGCUGCUGACGCACAACAUGCUCACCUCGCACGUUAAAGGUGUAAUUAAUGGAUACCCACUCCUGAUAAAGGCCACAGAGGUCAAAGUGAACGAAGUGGAGUUCAACCCUCAGUUUGUGAGCAGAAUGAUACCAAAGCUUGAGUGGAGUGCUUUAAUCCAGGCAGCGGAAGGGCUGGGACACCUGCAGGACUUGCCUGGCACACCCAUAGAAAACUAUGAGAAUGAUGCAGAAUUUUUACGUAAAGUACACAGAGUUCUGCUCGAGGUGGAGGUCAUUGAGGGAUCUCUACAGUGUCCGGAAUCAGGCAGAGAAUUCCCCAUCUCUAAAGGAGUCCCCAACAUGCUGCUCAAUGAAGAUGAGUCAUAGGUGAUGUUUCAUCUUCCUUUUUACAAAUGAUGAAAAAAAACCACUGUUGUUAAAUUGGACAGAAGCAGAGUUAAAUUGGAUUGCAACAAGUCUUCAAAAUGAAUGGAUGGACAUGGAUUGAAAUAUUGGCAAGAAUGAAAAAUUGUCCCUAAUUCUUGCAGCUCUUGUAUGCCCUGUUCUUUAAGUUGUUUGUUUGUUUAUUAUGCUUUGUAAUAUACUUUAAAAUAAAUAUGUAUUGUCUUAAAAAAA